GGCCCCUGCCGCUGCUGCUCUAAUUUCAAUCUCCUCCGCUGGUCGACGCACCGCCCUUGUCCAGAUUUUGCACGGUACGGCCUACGGGCUGUUUAUCUUUCUAAUUUCGUAUCUGUGCCUUUGCCCUUACUCGUUUCUGUUUGUUUGCCCUUCUCCUCUCGCGCUUGAGCAGUUGAGCUAUGUAGUUUUGGGUGGCGGGGCUGCAUUUACAGACUUACAGUCGCCUAUUGUCAUGAAAGAUUCUAACUUUUAGGUUUAUUAGGAAGUAGGAACGCGUUUUCUUUGGGGGUUUCCCGAUUUGGCGUUAUCUAUCUCUCAACGCUCCCAAAUUCCUUCUCUAUACCUGGAGUGGACUAGGGAUGUUCUUCUUGUGGUAGACAUCUGUGUGUCUGUUCUUUGUGCUUCUCCAAUUUGGCUCUGCUGGUGGGAGUGGACUCAUUGUUUUGUUGUUUCUGGUUUGAUUCAUGUUUCACUGGGAGUGCGUUGGAGCUGAAGACAUACUAGACGAGAAGAUCUCGCGUGAAGAUGAAACCACUGCCAUGUGCCAUCGACCAAAUUUUUUAAAAUGCCGACGUCUGAGAAUUUGGUACCAAUUCGUUUGGAUAUCGAAGUUGGUAGGCAGCGCUUCAAAGCCGCAUUCACAUGGAAUCUAUCUGUGCAUCAUUUUCUCUCACCAAGUCUGAACAGUUCACUUCCUAGUUCCCCUGGCCACGUUCUCUUCUCCACCAAAACCAACACAUAAAGCAAACCCUUCCAUCCUUUGUGAAGGGGUCGUUAAUGGAAUAACGCGCCAAAAAGGAGUUGGACAGAUAGUGAGAGCAGCAGAAACGGCGAAAAUGCAGUCUUUUCUCGCCUAUUCGUCUUCCAAAAACAUCGGAUUUCGACCACGCGCGACAACUACAUAUGAUAGGUGCAUUCCACCACCUACAGCAACAAUCUCAUGUCGAACGUUCACAAAUCCGCCUACUACCGCUCUGUCCUUCUCGCUCGAAUCCGAUCCGCCGCCGAAGUUGCUUGGUCCAGCAAGCAAUAAGUUAAAGCUUCAUCCGUCGUCGAAGAAUUCAACUGUUGCCCACUGCGGCAUUUCAUCGAACAGUUCGGGAGCACACGAGGAAAACAGUAUCAGAGGAUGGGUUGAGGCUGCUUCCGAAGCGAUUUCCACCGCAUUUCCGAUAUGGGUAUCGUUGGGUUGCUUGAUGGGACUUCUAAAGCCAGCUUCUUUCGGUUGGGUCACGCCCAAAUGGACCAUCUUUGGGCUUACCCUCACUAUGCUUGGUAUGGGUAUGACGCUUACCUUAGAUGAUCUCAGCAAUGCACUGGCCAUGCCAAAACAGUUGUUUGCUGGGUUCUUGCUCCAGUAUUCGGUGAUGCCAAUAUCAGCAUUUCUUGUGAGCAAGAUCUUAAAUCUGCCAUCGUAUUAUGCUGCUGGACUAAUAUUGGUUGGUUGCUGCCCUGGUGGGACAGCAAGUAAUAUUGUUACCUAUAUGGCACGGUACAAUCUUCUGCUGCUCACUGUAUCUUCUGUUUUCCCACAGUUUUUAUUGUUUAUAAUGUUCCUGCAUCCAUAAAUUGUGAGAAUGUUGUUAUCAUCCAGCGGGAAUGUGGCACUUUCAGUAUUGAUGACAGCGGCAAGCACUUUGACAGCUGUGUCAAAAUACUAUCUCGCUUUCCUCAAAUUGCAGGUAAUGACACCAUUUUUAACAGCGAAACUAGCUGGGCAAUAUGUUGCUGUGGACGCAGCAGGAUUGCUAACAUCAACCAUGCAGGUUGUCCUUCUUCCUGUGCUGGCUGGUGCCUUUCUAAAUCAAUAUUUCCAAAGCCUGGUGAAGUUUGUCUCUCCUUUGAUGCCACCUAUUGCUGUGGGAACUGUUGCUCUUCUAUGUGGAAAUGCAAUUGCCCAGAGCUCUUCUGCAAUAAUGAUGUCAGGCAAACAAGUGGUGCUAGCAUCAUCUCUUCUUCACGCAUCUGGGUUUUUCUUUGGUUUUGUACUAUCAAGGAUCCUUGGAAUCGACACGGCAUCAUCAAGAACCAUUUCAAUUGAAGUUGGCAUGCAGAAGGAAUUUACAUUAUCAAAAAAGAAAUUCAGAUGGAAGUUAAAGCCGGACUGUUCUCGUCCCUAUAGCUUGAAUUCUGGCCCAACUCAGUGCUUGGGGUGGUUCUUGCAACUCAGCACUUUGGUAAUCCACUCACUGCAGUACCAUGUGCAGUCUCCAGUGUGUGCCAUUCCAUCCUUGGUAGUGUCCUUGCCGGAUUCUGGAGACGAGAUGUGCCAUCACAGGACCAGGAUUGAUGUAAAAAGUUUCCAUCUUCCGACAGACAAGCUUGAUCCAUAUGCUCAGCAGUCUUUGGUUCGUAUUUCAAAGUCGCGAUCUUUGCCGGUUUUGCUUCAGUGAUCUGCUAGUGCUUUUUGUUUGAUAGUUUAUCAGGCCUUUCAAUUUGUUGCUCUUAGAUUCCAUUCCAGACAGCACCAGAAAUCCAAUAAAUACGCUCAAUGUUCUGACAACUUCAAUGAUCUCGAUUUGAUGGAAAGGAAGUAAAGGGACUGAAUUGUAAGUAGACGCCAAACUUGGGAGUCCCUGCAUAAUUUCGCCCCACAUGAUAUGAUUUUUGCUUUACAAA